ACACCCAGCCGUUGCUAAUGCCUCUGCCGUCCGUUAGGUGGCAGUAGCUGACCGUGGUUUAACCCGCGCUGGAAGCUGCUUCUCACGGCCUGAAAGAAGAAGGAGGAGCGCUGUCAUGGCGGCCAAGGUGGUGAUGGUGGCCGUCCCCACGGUGAUGGGCAUAGCCUCCAUCCGUGUGUAUACUGUGAGCCAAGUGCCCCCUGAUGGACUGGUUACUAGAGAAAAGCUGAACAUCUACACCCCGCUGCCACAGUCUGCUCAGGCCCAGUUUGUUCCAGAGAGGCCGGGGGUUAUUCAGACUGGGGUCACUACAGUGAGAGAGAGCAUACGACCAAUUGUCCAGGCUGUAAAGGGUGCCUGUGUCUCUGUGAAAACAGGAAGUUUUAAUCUAUACCAUGCAGGAGAGGAUGUGUACUAUUACUUGAAAGACCCUCCCCCGGGUUUUCUACCCAGAUUUGGCACCAUCACCAUGGCUGGCCUGGUUGGCAUGUUCUUGGCACGGAAAGGCUCACGCUUCCAGAGGUUAGCCCUUCCACUGGGGCUGAUGAGCGGAGGGGCGUCAGUGUGCUACCCGGCUCAAACAGUGGCCGUGUUUAAGGUGACAGGUAAGAAUGUGUAUGCGUUAGGACAGUGGAGCAGCGCCACAGUGUCUUCACUGCUCGCCUCCAUAUCCCAGGAGCCCGUCGCCAAAGAGAUUGCUGCUUCACAACCACAGAAAGCUAACGUGCCAAAUCCAGAGUCUUCAGUAGUUGAAGAAGUCUCAGAGCCCAGCUCGACAAUCCCAGAGAUAGAGGUGGAAUCAGCUGAACCUGUCUCUGAUGAGCCUGCUGUGGCUGUAAUAACAGAGGAGGCGUCAUCCGUAACACUCACAGAGAUAUCCCCUGCCCAGACCCCCACAGAGACCACCACAGACCCAGUGGCACAUUCAGUGCCAGGAGAGACAGAUGCCACCAUAACCUCUGAAGAAAUACAUGCACCUGUCGACUCAAAACAAUCAGCAGAGGAUGUCUUCACUGACACCAGCCCAGCAGAGCCCACGCCAUGCUUAGAGUCUCCUUCAGUGGAGGCUGCUGCAGUAGAGGCCUCCCCAGCGGAGGCUGCUGCAGUAGAGGCCUCCCCAGCGGAGGCUGCUGCAGUAGAGGCCUCCCCAGCGGAGGCUGCUGCAGUAGAGGCCUCCCCAGUGGAAGUUGCUCAACUAGAGGCUGCUCUAAUCGAGGUCUCUCCAGUGGAGCCUGCUGCAGUUGAGGCUGCUCCAGUGGAGACUGCCCCAGUGGAGGCUGCUCCUGUGGAGGCUGCUCCGGCUCCAGUGGAGACCGCCCCAGUGGAGGCUGCUGAAGUCGAGUCUGUUCCUUCCUCUGUAGAAGCACCUCAAAAGGCCUCAAAGGAGCCAGAAGUGCCAGUUGUUGAAUCACCUGACCCUGAACCUGCUGCCCAAGAGUUAGCUGACCCGCCACAAGUUGCUGCUGUGGAGGAGACUCCAACGCCGACACCCCCACCCCCUCCUCAACAACAGCCUGCAGCAGAAAACAGCAAAGGGGGCACCGGUUUCAAGCCAGACCCUUCUCUAAUGGACUUUGGCCAGUCCAGCCCUGAGGAUGAAGACCUGUACAGCACACGCAGCUGAGAGACUACAGCCGGCCGCAGGAGAAAGCUCAUUCCCACACUGCCAUCUCGUAGCUCACUCAGAUAAACGCUCACUCUGUGCCAUUAUGCUGUGGAAGUAGGCCAUUUUGCAAGCAAGCAAAGUUUGGAAGUCUUUCAUCAACAUUUCCACUCUCAAUUUUUCAGCCCACAUCAUUUACAUUUCCAGAGAAAAGGUGCAAGAACAUUUGUUUUGUAACAGCAAUUCCCGUUCACAGAAUGAGUCUGGUUGCGUAGAAUGACAGAAACAUGGAAACAAUACACCCACAGCUGUUUACAAGUCUUUUAAUCCACAGAUGGCACAUUGUGAAUUUUUCUCUCUGUAUGUGUCAUUUAGCAAUUAUUGGGUUUAGUGCGAAAGUCCCGAGUGCAUGGUGCUUUUUAUUUAUUAUAUUUGAGCCCAGUGCGUCGGUAUGCUGAAAAUACGGCUGGUAACAGUUGUAAAAUCAACUUGUGCUGUUCCAUUGUAUUACAUCACACAUUGUCUUCAGUUGUUAAGAAUCAAAAAUAAAUCUAUAUUUUUCUUGA